GGGCCACGCUGCCCAGUCCUCGGGCACGAUGGCGGGCAUCACGACUCUGCCGGGCAGCCGGCGCGCCAGUGACCGCAGCGGCCACUCGCCGGUGCUAGCCAGCCUUUCGGGCCGCUCCCUGCCCGGGUCCCGGCGCUCCAGCGGCCUCAGCGGCCCGGUCAGCGGUCACAGCGGCACAGCGGGAACCCUCGGGGGCCUCAGCGGCCUCGGGGGCCCGCUCAGCGGUCACAGCGGCACAGCGGGCGGCCUCGGGGGCCUCAGCGGCCUCGGGGGCCCGCUCGGUGGUCUGAGCGGACUCGGCGGGCCCCUGGGGGGCGGUCAGACCUCCCUGUCGGCCGGGAUGGCCCCCGCCGGAUCCAGCAGGGACGGACGAGGAAUCAGCGUGCUCGUACAGAUGCUGGACGACUCCCUGGUGCCGUUUACUAUACAGAUGAAAUGGCCCGCCAAAGUCCUGUUCGAAAUGGUCUGCAGGCAUCUGGGCCUGCUGGAGUCGGACUACUUCGGUCUCGAGUACUGCGACAGCGACGGGGGAAAGGUAUGGCUGGACAUGGAGCGGCCGAUGAGCCGGCAGCUGGGGCUCAGCCCCCGGGACCUGGUGCUCUGGCUCUGUGUCAAGUUCUAUACUCCCGACCCUGCCAAACUGGAGGACGAGCUGACGCGCUACCUGUUCUCCCUGCAAAUACGGCGAGACCUGGCGCAGGGACAGCUCAAAUGUAACAGCAAGACGGCAGCCGUUCUGGUCAGCUACAUCGUCCAGUCCGAGCACGGCGACUAUGACAGUGACGAGAGCCCGAGUCGGUACCGGGUGAUGCCGGGUCAGGACGCCGAGAUGCAGCGCCGUAUUAUCGAGUCCCACCGGCGGCUGGCCGGUCAGCCGCCCAGCGAGGCCGAGCUGAACCUGCUGGAGACAGCGCGGCGCUGCGAGCUCUACGGCAUGAAGAUGCACCCCGCCAAGGACCACGAGGGUGUUCCUCUGAACCUGACCGUGGCUCAUAUGGGAAUCGUCGUCUUCCAACACUUUUGUCGAAUCAACACCUUCUCGUGGGGAAAAAUCAGAAAGAUCUCCUUCAAGAGGCGGCGAUUUCUGGUCAAACUGCAUCCAGACGGAACUAGGUACUACAAAGACACAGUAGACUUUUUCUUCGAGAGCCGGAAUCACUGCAAGAACUUCUGGAAGCGUUGUGUCGAGCACCACGGGUUCUUCCGCUGUCUGGAGGCGCGGCACCGGAGCAGGUCUCGGCCCAGCGUCCUCCCUAAGGGUAGCCAAUUCCGAUUUACUGGGCGGACGCAGAAACAGGUGGCCGAGUACGUCCGUCAGAACCUCUCCAAGCAUCAGGUGUUCAACAGGUCUCAGUCAUUCCGGGCGUCGUGCAGUAACGUGCGGUCCAGCAGUCUGCGGAGCGUGGGCACCUCGCUCUCCGCCAACCCGCUGAUACCCAUCGACAUGGAGAACGAGAUCCUGACACUAGAGCGCACGCCGGUCUCGCUGUCGUACGGCUCGGCCACCAUCACCUCGACGGCCACGCCUCGCUCGCCGCCCUCGCUGACCGACCACGACACGGCCGAGCUGGACACCACGUCCCGCGGCGAGGUGACCACCUCGGCGGCCUCCACGCUGCCGCCGGCGCGGUCCGGCCACCUGUCUCCCGACAGCGAGCUCUCCAGCGCGCCCACCGACUCGUACUGCCCGGCGGCGCGGCGCAUCACCUCUCGGCUCUCGCGCAGCAGUCCCAGUCUCUCGGAGACGGCCGAGGAGUCCGAGGAGGCGGCCAGCUCCGGCACGCUGCGCGCGCCGCCGCUCAGCGGCCGCCGCCGCCAGCUCAGCCGCGACUCGUCCAGCCUCAGCUCCGUGGUCGAGAUCAACACAGUGAUCGACCGGCGCCAGCUGCUCGACGACACCGUCUCGCACGACUCGUACGACCUGCUGGACGCGGGGCCGCUGCGCGCCGCCGGCUGGGCGCUGGCCGCCGCAGAACCGGCAGACGACGACGACGACGACGACGACGAGGAUGGCAGCGGCGCCGGCGGUGGUGAGACGGUCAACCUGAUCCCGUUCGGGACAGAGCUGUGGUCGACCACGGCGGCCGGCUGUCGGCCCGUGCUGGUGCCCGGAGACGACGCGUGUCCCGGUCCGCUGAUCCUGCCGCCGGAGCCGUUCAACACCUACCGCCUGGAGGGAGUGAAGACGCUGCCGCGGGCGGGGCGGGCGGCGGGGUCGGCGGUGGGCGCCGCGACGCUCCAGUGGCGGAGCAGCGACCGGCUGUCGGCGGCCGGCCCGGCGGGCUCGGAGGACGGCGCACCGCCGGCCGAAGAGCGGCUCUCGCCCGAGUCGCCCGUCUCCGAGCACGGCGAGUAUCGGCUGGCCGUGGGAGCCCAGGAGGAGUGGCUCCAGGUGCGCUCCGUGCCCGGCACCCUGGAGCGCGCCGUGCUGCAGAGGCUCAACGAGCGGCGCGGCCCGGCCGUGAGCACCUCACUGCUCACCGGCCCACGGGCCGAGAGCGCAGCCUCGCCGCAGCGUCUGCCGACCGCGCUGCCCGCGCCGCUGCCGACGAUCGUACCCGCUCCUCCUCCAGUACCUCAGAGCGCGCCGGACGGUCUGUCGCUGCCAGCGGAGUCGGCGGAGCGGGGCGCGUCGCCCGAGGUGGACGAGGAGCCGUCGUCGCUCUCGUCGUCGCGCACGACGGGCGACGAGUCGACGCUCCAGUACGACACGGUGCCGGACGAGUCGGAGCUCGAGGUGGAGGCGCCGCCCGAGUUUUCGGACCGUCCACCGCCGCUGCCGCCGCCGCUGGCGCGCCUCUGCUACGGCCGUCGCCGGCUGCCCGGCGAGCCGCCCGGCUGCGGCGGCCUGCUCCAGGUAGCCGAGGAGGAGGAGGAGGGCUCCGAGGAGUCGUCCACCGACGACGGCGGCCAGGAGACGCCCUCGGGCGAGGAGGCCGACUUCCCGUCGCCGCCCAGCUCGCUGCUGGACCCGCUGCGACCGGCGGCCACCCUGGGCCGCCCCGUGUGUCGGCUUCAGCUGAGUCUGCCGGUGGCCGAGCAGGCGCCGCCGCAGCGCGUGCUGCUGGCCGGCUCCGGCUCCGGCUCCGGCUCGGACAGCUCGUCCGAGCGGGCCGAGACGGGCGGCGCCGACUCGGAGCCGGACGCGCCGCUGGAGGAGCUGCCCGGAGACGGGGAGAUGGCCCGGCUGCCCGUGUCGCGGCCCUGUGCCCUCUCCUCGUCACCGGAGGCACACGUCUGA